CCGACUCUAACCAAAAAGUCACAUAUUGACUGCUUCAAAACAAGACGCCUAGUACAGAAGAAGACUGCAAUAAUUUCUUUGUACAAGCGCGUCUGUUGUCUCAUACUUAGGUCUAUUCGCCAUGAUAGCCUUUCUGCAGAUAUAUUUCUUCACAUUUACUUCUUCUCCCAUGCAGCUCUGAUAAGGAUGAGUAGCCGAAUCGACAGCCGCCUACUUAGUCUGGCGAAGUUCCACCUCUUCUGCACUUUAUCGCUUGUUGCAAUCAUCUUCAUCAUCUUUGCAGAUGGUAUCAUAUAUACUGAUUCACAAAACUCGGUUGAGUUGCAAGUUAAAGCUGCUUCUCAGGUCCUGCAGACUCAUAGUGUCGAACGACAGUUCAUCAAGUCUGAUGUAACUAGCAAAUCGGUGCGUUCUAUGCAAGAAGAGGUCGUUGAUGUUGUUGAAGUUGAUACAGAAGAUACAAGUCCUGUUGUUGCUCCUUUCAAUGUCACCGAAGAAGAAAGAAUCAGCUGGUUUAAAGGAAAGCUCCCCAAAUUUGUGAUUUUUGAUUCAGACGAGAGAGCACAGCGGUUCCAUGGUAGAGUUCUUGAAUUCUUUGACCAUGAGUGUGAGACUCAGUUCUUCAUGACAUGGAUUUCACCUGUGAGGUCUUUCGGAAGCAGAGAAUUCCUGUCGAUGGAGAGUGUAUUCAGAGCUCACCCUCGCGGUUGCUUGAUGAUUCUCUCGAGAACCAUGGACUCCAGGCGAGGUUACAGGCUUCUGAAACCUCUGCAGGAUCGCGGCUUCAAAGUUCAUGCAGUGACACCAGACUUGUCAUUUCUGUUCAAGAACACCCCAGCCGAGGCCUGGUUUGCUGAGAUGAAGAAAGGCAUCAAAGACCCUGGUGAGAUUCCAUUAGCUCAGAACCUGUCUAAUUUAAUGAGACUAGCAGUUCUAUACAAGUAUGGAGGUGUGUACCUGGACACAGAUUUCAUCGUCAUGAAAUCGUUUUCCGGGUUGAGGAACUCAAUCGGUGCACAAAGUAUGGAUGCUGAGAUGAAACACUGGACCAGACUAAAUAAUGCAGUGCUGGUGUUUGAUAUGAAUCAUCCUCUUCUGCACAAAUUCAUUGAGGAGUUUUCCUUGACUUUUGAUGGGAAUAAAUGGGGUCAUAAUGGACCCUAUCUUGUUUCCAGAGUGGUCCAGAGAGUGGAAAACAGACCUGGAUAUAACUUUACAGUCCUGCCUCCAAUGGCUUUCUAUCCUGUGGAUUGGACUAGAAUAGGGGGAUUGUUUAAGAAGCCGAAAAACCAUGCUGAUACUAAAUGGAUAAAAGCAAAGCUGCUUCAGCUUAGCGGGGAGACUUACGGAGUACACCUGUGGAACAAGCAAAGUAGCAGAGUACAAAUCGAAGAAGGAAGCAUUAUGCAGAGAUUAAUCUCCGAUCACUGCAUCAUCUGUAAAGACAUAUACAGUUCUUAAAGAAUCUUUGAACGAGAAUAUGAUGAAGCAUCUUCAACCUGUGGCAAAGUCACAGACUGAAAAUUGAUACCCUCCUAUAGGUGGUGUACUCUGUUGCUUCAUUUAGAUAGAGAAAGUUUUCUUAAUUUUUUGUUUCAUUCAUAGCUUGUUCAUCUUGUUCUUCUUUUCAUUCUGAUUUUUAUGCUCCAGUGCAAGUAAAUCUCGGAUUCUGUAAACAAAUAAUGGUGUCUAUAUCUUGUUUGGAUAUGUUAAUGCUUAAUAGAAGCUAACCUUUUUUGUAUAAAAAUCAGAAUUUCUUGAAUUACAAGUCUGCUGACAAAUAUCAGUAUUUUCUUCUACAAAAAGCAAUCCUAAGCCGUCUCAACCUUAAUCUCAUUCUAUAUCCUCCACAUCUCCAUAUGCCAAAUCCUGGCAAUCUCCUAAAGGCCUUUUUCCUAGUCAACUUCCGUUUGCCAGUUCUUACCUCUCUAUUAUGGAAGUCAUCACCUUCGAUGAAGCCACCAUCUGAGACGAACUUACUUUGCCUAUCAAUCCUAGAAUCAUUUCUGGGUCCAAACUGCAUGAUGGAUGGCCAGGGAUCAUGUGUUUCAUGUUCAUUGUCUGUAUCACUACCCCAGAGAAGGAUAGGCUUAAUUACAGGUGAGCCACUUAAAUCAUCAAAAUGGUUAGCCAGACUAGUAUGCUCCAUCUCAAAUAAUCUCUUCAAGGAUGUGUUUCCUACUUUCAUCAAACUUAGCAAACUGGCACUUCUUCGAGAUGAAGAAAAUGAGGAACAUGAAGCAGCUGAGGAAGACAAGGAAGAUGAGGAAGACGAAGAUUGCCAAAGUGAUUUCUGAUGCUCUAUAAUCCGCCUUAUCCUUUCUUUCUGAGCUUCUGGAUCAACGCAACAACUGUCGUCAUCAUCAUUCUUCUCUUCAAUUAU